AUGGCAACCAUGAUUCACACUCCCAGGGAUCCGAACACCCUUUCCAACUACAACAAUUGGCGGACCCUGCACACGUCCACUAGCUUGGACAUUCUGUUCGACGAACAGAAACUGAAAGGCACCGUCGUUCACAGCUUUGAAUCCAUCACGGAUGGCGAGAGUGAUGAGAUCUUGCUCGACACCAGUCAUGUCCAAAUACACGACGUCAAGGCUGACGGCAAACCAGCAAAGUGGGAACUGCUCAAGCGGCUCGAGCCAUACGGCAGUCCCCUAAAGAUUAGACUCGGACGGAAGCCACAGUUGAAGGAGAAGAUUGAGGUUGAAAUCGACUUAGAAACGACGUCCUCCUGCACCGCAUUGCAAUGGCUGACUCCGGCUCAAACCUCCAAUAAGAAGCAUCCGUACAUGUUUUCGCAAUGUCAAGCCAUCCACGCCCGAUCCAUCUUCCCUUGUCAGGACACUCCGGAUGUCAAAGCAACAUUCGACUUCCGCAUCAAGUCGCCCCUGCCGGUCAUUGCAUCCGGCAUUGGGGCAAAAGACAAUCCAUCCUCCCUGUCCCACGAUGGGUCCUCCCAGCUCUACCAAUUCCACCAGAAGGUGCCCAUCCCCUCGUAUCUGUUUGCUCUUGCUAGCGGCGACAUCGCCACCGCCAAUGUUGGUCCUCGGAGUCUUGUUGCUACAGGCCCUGACGAGCUCAAAGACUGCAAGUGGGAGCUGGAAGAGGAUACGGAGAAGUUCCUGCAAGCAGGCGAGUCGCUCGUCUACCCAUACGCAUGGGGUGAGUACAAUGUCCUCGUUCUCCCGCCGUCAUUCCCCUAUGGCGGCAUGGAAAACCCCGUCUACACCUUUGCCACACCUACAAUCAUCUCCGGAGAUCGCCAGAAUGUUGAUGUAAUUGCGCACGAAUUGUCGCACUCCUGGUCUGGGAAUCUUGUCUCCAAUGCGUCAUGGGAACACUUCUGGCUGAACGAAGGCUGGACGACUUAUCUGGAACGGCGAAUCCAAGCCAUCGUGCACGGCGGCGACAAGUGGCGCGAUUUCUCGGCGGUGAUAGGGUGGAAGGCUCUCGAGCAGUCUAUCGAACAGUUUGGCGACCAACACGAGUUCACCAAGCUUGUUAUCGAUUUGAAGGGCAAGGACCCCGACGACGCAUUUUCCAGCAUCCCGUACGAAAAGGGAUUUAUUUUCUUGUACUACAUUGAAAAACUGAUCUCCAAGGAGCUAUUUGACAAGUUCAUUCCGCACUACUUUGAGACGUGGCGGGGGAAAUCACUCGACAGCUACGACUUUAAGCAGACGCUCCUCGACUUCUUCAGAUCCGAUGACAAGGUGUCGCAAAAGCUCGCCACCAUCGACUGGGACACGUGGUUCUACAAGCCGGGCUUCCCGCCCAAACCGGACUUUGACACGUCUCUCGUGGACCAGUGCUACCGGCUCGCCGAUCAGUGGGAGAAAUUCACCAAGAACCCCAACCCGGACUUCGGACCCAGCAAGUUCGACGUGGACGGCUGGUCGGCGAACCAAAUCGUCGUGUUUCUGGAGCGACUGCUCACCUUCGCGGAUAAACUCCCCCAACCGCACGUCAACUACAUGGGCUACAUCUACGACCUCAAAGAAACCAAGAACGUCGAGAUCUCAGCCCGGUAUUACCAGGUGGCGAUGAAGGCCGGGGACUGGGCGGUGAAGGGCUUCGUGACCAAGCUGCUGGGCGAAGUCGGCAGGAUGAAGUUCGUGAGACCGCUGUAUAAGGGGUUGAUGAAGAUGGAUUAUGAGCUCGCGGUGGAGACGUUUGAGAAGAACAAGGACUUUUACCAUCCCAUCUGCCGCGGUCUGGUCGCUAAGGAUCUGUUUGGGACGAAAUAA